AUGCUGGGUUUCCCUGGUAUUCCAGGAUCAAAUGGGAUACCGGGAGUGCCGGGCGUCCCGGGGCCACAUGGACCCCAGGGAAGAGAAGGUGUAAAAGGACAAAUUGGUGAUAAAGGAUCACAAGGAAUGCCGGGUCCAAGAGGAGACAGAGGGCGCGAAGGACCCCCUGGGAAGAGUGGACCACGCGGAAUUCAGGGAAUGAGAGGUCAACAGGGACUUCUGGGAAUGAAAGGAGAGCGCGGAGCAGUGGGAAUAAAAGGAGAGCGAGGCAUUGCGGGAAUGAAAGGAGAGCAAGGAGCUGUGGGAAUGAAAGGACAGCGAGGCAUUGUGGGAAAUUCAGGAAGAAAAGGAGACAAAGGAGAGAAAGGAGAAAGCGCCAAAGCAAGUCAAGCAAGUGUAGUACCACAAACCAACUGGAAACAAUUUGUGUGGAAAUCAGGCAUCAGUACUGAUAACGGAAAGAUUAAGGUAAUUAGAAUAAGAAUCAUAACAAAUUCUAAAGGAAAGUAAUUCCUCUCUAAAUCAAAAUAUUUCAAAGAAGAACGUCUCCCUUCUCACUCACCAUUUUCCAUCACAUUACAUAAAUAACUAAGUUACAUUUCUCUCUACUUUGGUUCUUUUUGAACAAAAAAAGGAAAGCCAUCUUGGGUGAUAAAAUGAUUCCUGGCCAUAAGGAUAACGAAAAUUGAAGCUAUUACAGAGUUUUUAAAAAUUAGAAAGUAAUCUUGACUGGAGUUGUUAGUAUCAAUCAUUACACACGGUUGCUCGCCUUACUACAAUAUGUUUGAUUUGUUUGAUUUUUAUUCUAGGACUGUGCGUUUAACAAACUGCAGUCUCAUUCAGCGCUCAGAGUCUCAUUCCAGGGAAACAUGAGGGUCGCAGGUACUAGUUCUAAGUGUAAUCGCUGGUAUUUCAAGUUCAAUGGAAAUGAAUGCAGUGGACCAAUGACGAUUGAGGCUGUUGUUUACAACUACUGGCCAUCUGGAAACCCUAAUCUGCUACAUCAUCGGUCAUUUGAGGGAUACUGUGAAAACAUCCCACAAGGCGCUGUUAGAGUGGAAUUAUGGGUAGGAAAGUGUAGUGGCUACACCCUGGGUGAUGCUCACACUGGGUGGAGUUCAGUAUCUCGGAUAAUGAUUGAAGAAGUAUCUAGGCCCCAGUCCUAA